GAAAUAUUAUAAUAAUAUCAUCAAAGCUGUGAAACCUCAUCUAGAUAGUCUUAACUGUCAAGAAGGAAAGAAGAAGGGAAAAGAAAAUACGAAGCAAGAUAAUCUUACGACCUCACACGCACACACUCCUCUCACAAUGCCUCCCACCAACUCUAAAUCCGACGCCCCCUACGCCAACGUCACUCUCGUGAGGCGCAGCGAGCCAGCCGCCAAUGAAACCUUCCAGCUUGGCGGCAUCCGUCUGGACAUCCUCGAGGACGGCCGCAACACAGACCGUCGGCUCUCGGCAGUGCGCAUCUUCGUACCGCCACGCACACCAGGCCCGGCGCAGCACUGGCACCAGAUGCACGAUGAGACCUUCUUGGUGGAGAAGGGGACGGCGACAUUCACUUCGCGGGAGGACAAGAUCACGGCGCGGGAGGGCGAUUACGUCGUGGUCCCGACGUGCUCGCCCCACACGUUCGCCAACGACAGCGACGAAGAGCUGGUCAUGUACAACACCUUCACGCCGGCUUUCUAUAUCGACUAUUUCCGGCUGAUGGCUAAGAUGGUGGAGGAGUCGGACGAUGGCAAGCUGUCGCCCAAGAUUGCCAAGGACGCCAUGGAUCGAUAUGCUACCUUGGUGACUGGGGCGACUAGCGAGUGGUGAUGGUGGUGUAGUUGUUUGUUGAACAGUCUCUACUCAGUUGAAAGGAGGUCGGCAUUCUGAGGAAUACAAGAGCACGGGUAUGAUAUAGGAAUACAGCUCUUUUCAAGUUCACAACUCGCCUCUGUAAGUCUGAAGCCUGGCGCGGUGACAGAGCAGUCAUGUAGGGAGAAUUAAAUACCUUGAUAGGCCACAUAAGAAGAAGAAAAAUUGAUC